GGGCUGCCUCUGCAUUAGCUGCGGCAGCUUUCUUUGGCGAUCAAAUUGGCGCUGUGGUUUCCAGGGGGGGGAGGCCUGAUAUGGUCUUGUCCGAAUUGGAUAAGGUUACUGCGCCUACAUUACUGAUUGUGGGUGAAUGGGACAAUGUCGUAAUAGGGCUAAAUCAAAAAGCAUAUGAUCAAUUAACGUGUGAACGUAAACUUGAAAUUAUUCCCAAAGCGACACACCUUUUCGCAGAAGAGGGGAUUCAGUUGGCAGACAAAUUACUGCCAUAUAAGGAUAAAGAAGUAGUGAUCCUGGCAAUACCCAGAGGAGGACUACCUCUGGGAUCUAUUGUAGCUAAAACGCUUCAGGCUCCCUUGGAUGUAGCUCUUUCCAAAAAGAUAGGACAUCCAUAUAACAGGGAAUAUGCCAUUGGAGCAGUUAGCAUGGAUCAAAUAGUUCUGAAUGAUGUGACCGGAGUCCAUGAGAGCUAUAUAGAAGAAGAAACAACCCGUAUAAGGGAGAUAUUAAAUAAAAGACAACAGCAAUACUAUAAAAACAGAAAGCCACAGGAUUUAAAAGAUAAGGUUGUAAUUAUUAUAGAUGAUGGUAUUGCUACGGGCAACACUAUUCGUGUAACUGCGGAAAUGGUGAAAGCUCAAAAACCGAAAAAGGUUGUGGUUGCCAUUCCUGUGGCCCCCAAAUCGUCAGUUAAAAGCCUGGAGGACUCUGCUUAUAUUGACCAGGUCAUCUGUUUACAGACUCCAGAUGAUUUUAUGGCAGUAGGGCAGUUUUACGAAUUUUUUGACCAGGUCUCAGACGAAGAAGCAAUA